AUGAGCGACAUCACCGGCUUGCUCGCCAGCCUCUCCGAGGCCGAGCGAACGAAUGCGUAAGUUGCUGGCGACGCCAGGUAGGUGCCAUCUCAAUCACUCACUUUCUCCUAUUUGUCAGGUUCCGAGCUUUGGCCCAACACCUGAAUAAGAGCGAGCGCAUCUCUCUCUCCGCCAUGUUGUCGGAAAGGGACGACUUCGUUGCGAUUUUGCCCUCGGAAUUGACCGCCAACAUACUCAGCCAUCUGCCCCCUACCUCUGCCUGGGUCUUGCAGGUAGUCUGCAAGCGCUGGCAAAAGGUAUUGUCCUCCGACGACAACCAGAGAGCAGCUCUCCGCCAGUGGGCAACGCAUCAUCCCGCGGACAGCGCGUCGAUUCCAUUACCCGACGAGAGCAUUGAGAUCAGAAUCCAGCAUUACCAAGCCAUGCGGCUAGGCAAGCCCUUUUCCACCUACACCGUGCAAGACUCAACUCUUGUCCGGCCGGAGCAUCACGGAGAUCGCUUCCAACCGCCCAGCCCCAGCCUUAGCCAGGAAGGAAGGACAUUUGCGCUCAAAGGAAAACGCCUGGCAUACAUCGCCUCCAGUGGGAGCAAGGUGGUUGUCCACGACCUCGUGUCCGACGACAUCCACUCCUUCCGAGAUGAAGCUCGACACUCCAUCCACGGUCUGACACUCACGAGCAGCGCUAUUGCCUUCACCACCUUCACAGGCAAGCUCUACACCAAGGUAUGUGACAAGAGGGGAAACGCGCGCGUUGAUUUCUUUUCGACCGAUCAUCGUACUGACGGGUGUAGGACCUUAUCAGCCACGAGAGCCAGCUGCGACGCGUCAAAUUACCUUCGUCCAGCGUUCACGCAUUCAACGGGGAUGGAGCUUUCAUCGUCCUAAUCCUCCUGGCCAACAGCGAUGCCUUCACAAUGCUUAUCUACGACACCACCACGGGAGAAACGUGGUCGCAUGACCUGCCAUUGUUGUUUCCACGUCCAUCUCGCAGAUACAGCAUCGUCGAGCGAGCAGCGUCGACUUCUCCUCCGGAGUCUGAGGACGAAUAUCCGUUCAUUUGGUCGAUGCCACAUGCUAUCUUGGUGGAUUCGGAGACCAAGUCUGUCGACAUAUUCCAACAGCCACAGCGCGAGAUCAAAAGCAACAUGCCAAUAGCCGUGGGCCAUCGGAGAGUGAACUUUUCUGGCGAGGUAGUUACCAGCUCACUUGCGGUUGUUGAAGGUAAGCACCGGAAACGAGGAACGGAGUGAUGACAUGCUGAUCAAAAGGAUGUAAAGAUAGCGAGGGCAUGCGAUUGUUAGAUCGCCUAGGCGACUUGCACCCCACGGGGAAAAACGGGGAAUAUGUCUUUCGCUCCAAGAUUGUGACCCUCGGCCCGAACGAUCACUUUGUCUUCGCCUUCCAGUCUGAAGAAGCUGCCUUGACAAUUCACCCAGUCUUGGAUAGCAAGGGCCUUGGCGCGACGACCGAGUGCGUGCCUUACGAUUGGGGCUUAUCGUACAGCUCGCAUGCAGUGUGGAAAGACGUUGAGCUCUUCGCACACUACGGCGGUCAAAUACAUUUCUGCACCAAGCAUACCGAAGGAUGCAAACACAACAAAGGAUGCAAGAGCGGUACCGAGUUCUACCGCCGUCGAGGCAGCCUAGAUAUCCGGGACGCUACACGAGCUUCAGAUGUGCCGAUACGUCAGGGCCACGGCUUUUCCAUCGCCGUCAACGAUACAUUCCUUGUGGCCAUGCAGCAGAGCGACGAGAGGCAGAUGAUGGAGAAUCACAACAUAGUGGUCUUCUGCUUCAAUCCUGCACUGGAGUGGGUUGGAACCCGACAGCAGAAUGCAUGA